CAACAUGUUCAUUGAUGAAUUCUGAAUAAUUCCUCUAUGGUUUUUUUUGUUCUGUUAAAUUUAUAUAAUAUUUUUGUAAUACUUAUACUAAUAUAUUUUCUUUUCGAUUCUUCGAGAAAUUACUCUUUUACUAAGUCGAUUUGUAAUGAAUGAACUAAUCGAAUGAGAAAUAAUUUGUUAUUAAGUUUAUAAGAUUUACGAACACAAUUUUCCAGAAUGGUUAUGCCAUGUGACAGUGUGUCAGAUUCGCUAGAAGAUACUAGUGAAGGCGUAGGACUAGGCUGUUGUUUAGUACUAUUCUCAGAAUGGAAACAAGUUCUUGGACUGAUUGACCAACUCCCAGAAAUUUAUUCAAAUGAAAGUCAAAGUGAAAAAGCUUACGAGACGCUUAAGUACAUUCUUACACAGUAUAUAGAACAACCACAUUUGAUUGAUCCUUAUUUGUGUGAAAUACUUGACAAAAUUUUGGCCAUCGUAAGAGAUGAUUCAAAACCUACUCUACUUAAACAUAAGACAUUCCAAUAUCUCUUUCUGGUUGUCAGUGUGAGAGGAUACAAAGUUAUUUUACGAAACUUACCUCAUGAAGUAUCCGAUUUAGAAAAAGUAUUGAAAAUGUUAGAAGAACAAGACGAAUCCGAUUACAAUUCUUGGGAAACUCGUUAUUGUUUAUUGUUAUGGCUUUCUAUUAUCGUUAUAAUACCUUUCGAUAUGAGGAAGCUGGAUGGUACAUUACACCCAGAAAAUAAAACUACACUGCAAAGAUUGGUUGAUAUUAUAAUGAAGUACUUAUGUUCUGGUGACGCGUGUAGGGAUACCGCUACUGUUCUUGCUACUCGAUUAUUUAUAAGAUCUGAUGUUAAAGAAACCCAUUUACCUGAUUUCUUGAAAUGGGCCAAACAAAAAAUAACUGAUCAAAAUGCAACCCGUUGGGAGAGAUUAGGUGCCAUGAGUACCAUUGCAGCUAUCUUUAAGGCGGCUAGGCGUGAGGAUGCCCAACAUUAUGUCGAAGAUAUUUUUGAAUGUUUAAAACAGUCAAAAUGUAAAUCUGACAACUUAAGAUUGACUAGAAAAUAUUAUAUGAAAAUCGUACAAAGAGCAGGACUAACAUUAUUGAAAGUCAGAAUUGCUGCUUGGCGUUAUGAUCGAGGAACUAGAUCGUUGGAGCAAAACUUAUUAAAUGCAGAAUCAAAAUCAUCUGAAGUAAUUAUCAAACAAAAUUUAGAUGACGUUGAGGAUGACUAUGAUGAUAUUCCUGCAGUUCUAGAAGACAUUAUUCAAGAAUUGAUUGAAGGACUAAAAGACACCGAUAUUAUUGUUAGGUACUCUGCAGCUAAAGGAAUUGGACGUAUAACUGGUCGUCUAUCAAAAACGUACGGAAAUGAAGUGGUUAAUGCCGUUUUAAGCAUGCUGAGUCCUGACGAAAACGAUAACGCAUGGCACGGAGGAUGUUUGGCUCUUGCUGAAUUAGGUCGCCGUGGGUUGUUGAUCAGUGAAAACUUAUCUCAUGUCGUCCCUGCUAUUUUGAAAGCCUUAGUAUAUGAUGAGCCGAAAGGAUAUACUUCUGUUGGAUCUCAUAUCCGUGACGCUGCAUGCUAUGUGUGCUGGUCAUUUGCAAGAGCGUUUAGCACAAGUGACAUUCAACCUUACGUUGAAGAAAUUGCUGGAGCACUUUUAGCAGUAGCUUGUUUUGACAGAGAAUUAACUUGUCGCAGAGCUGCUUCAGCAGCAUUCCAAGAAAACGUGGGUCGUCAAGGUACUUUUCCUCAUGGAAUUGAUAUUGUUACUGCGGCCGAUUAUUUUGCAGUCGGUAUGAGAAAUCAUGCUUAUUUAGAAAUAAGUGUCUACAUUGCUCAGUACAAAGAGUACGAUGAACUACUGAUAAAACACCUUCUGGAAAAAAAAAUUGUUCAUUGGGAUACUUCAAUUCGAGAAUUAGCUGCUAUGGCAUUAGGCAGGUUGGUUACAUUAAAGCCAACAAAAGCUAAAGAUUACGUUUUCUCAGAACUAUUAAAACUAACCGAAACAUCCAAUAUUAAUAAACGACAUGGAAGUGUUAUGGCGGUUGGUGAAGUAUUGGAUGGAAUAUCAAAGACUCUUGAUCCUAAUGUAGAAUUAAACAAAGAAUUAUUAGAAAAAAUAAUAAACCUUGUACUCAAUUUAAAAAAUCAUGGGAAAUUAAAAGGCAUUAGCAGUGAAUUAGUAAAAAUGGCUUGUUGUCACCUGAUCAAACUCAUAUCCAUCAGUAAAAUUAUAGUCGAUGAUAAAAAAAUUAUAGACGAAUGGAGAAUUUUGCUGGAAGAUUGUAUAUCAAACGAAAUGUUAGAUUUACGAAACAAAGCUGUACAAGCCAUCGGUCCUUUAUUUAGCAACUAUUAUGACCCUACUUCACCCGAGACUGAUAGUAUAAUAAACACUUAUGUGAAUAAAUUAUCCUCAAAUCAUAUGAUGGAGCGCAUUGGUUACAGCUUAGCACUAGGAUCGCUUCCGUCUUCUAUAUUGAACAAACACAUUUUACUCAUUUUGAAUGGUCUUAUAGACUGUGCGAAAAUUACACGACCAACAAUAAAGUGGGCCGAGUCCAGGCGAGACGCUGUGAUGGCCAUUACAAAGAUUUGGACUGAAUUAAGCUCAACACCUUGUUAUGUUGACAAUUGUGUUGAACAUUCUAACUUAAUUUUACAUUGUUUAUUGAGCUGUGCGUUAGAAUACACAAUGGACCACAGAGGAGAUAUUGGAGUAUGGGUUAGAGAGGCUGCCAUAAAUAGCUUAGAAGUUAUAGUUUCAAAUUUGACAGAUAUUCAUCCCGAAUUGCUCGACAAGAAUAUUGUCAGACAAAUUAUGUGCGUCUUAGUGAGACAAGGUGUUGACCGCAUCGACAAAAUUAGAGGUCUAUCUUGUAUGGUCAUAACAAAUCUAUUGCACAGAAGGAAAAAAAAUGUCGUACCCAAUGUUGCCCAUCGAGAAGAAUUGGAAAAAUUGUUUAAAAAAAAAGAUUCGUUCAAUUGGUUCACCGAAUCGGACUCGUUUUCUGUUAUGGUGAAAUUUCUUAGCAUGCCCGAAUAUAAGUACUCCGUACUGGUUGGACUAUUAGUCUGUAUUGGUGGUGUUUCUGAAAGCCUUGUGAAAGAAGCCUGUCAUCAUUUCACUGAACACAUGAAAUUCGUUCCGGACGAUGAAUUUGAAAUGUUAUGCAAUGAUAUAAUAGCCGUUUGGAGUGGUAAAGUUGCCGAAGUCGAUGCAGAUGAACGUAUUCAUCAAUGUGUGUUGAUGUCUAUUGAGAGGUUGGCUACUGCGGGCGCUUUUAAAAAUCAGUUUGAACGAGACGAAUCAGAGUUUGCUGCUAAUGUUUUGACACUCAUAAAAAAAGAAGCUGUUUCUACUAAAGGAUCGAGCAAACUUACAUCGUGUGUUGAACUACUUUGCCAUUUAGUACAGGUUCCUGGACAAGUUGGAAUGCGUUCAAUGACCCAGUUGUCUAUAUUUUUGGCUCAUCGAUUCGCUUGGUUGCGUAAAGUUGUGGCAGCUCGGCUUGUGGAAGUUCUAAUUGUCUAUUCCGAUAUAUUCGGAGUACCAGAUGAGAAUGUCAAUGAAGCCACCGAACUACUUGAAGAAUUCGAUUGGCAAGAAUCCAGCGUUGAUAAAAAAAGCAGAAAAAUGAAUUUUUUCAAUAUUACAUUAUUUUUGAUACUUUAUGCAACAUCCAUCCUUGCAGGUUCAGUGGUUGGACCGGCAGGCAAUCCGAUACCAAAAACCAUAGUCCAUACUGGACGAUCUAAGUCACUUCUGCCAGUCCCGUGAGCUACGACCAUGUGUGUGCACAAAUAGAUUCCGUAGUAAUGCUACAGUUUCCAAAUUAUUAACAGAAAAAAAUUACAAUUAAUAAUAAAAUGGAGUCCCCUCAGCCACCCCCAUAAAUACGCCCCUGUCGUGAGCAUCUAAAUAAAUGUCUGUAAUAUUUACAAAAUUAAAUCCAAAGUAAGCAUCUAUUAUUUUUGUACACAGGGUGUUGUAAGACACUAAUUUUCUGGAAAAAUAUUAAUCAUUUGAAAAAGAAAUGUUCUUUUACUUGUAGGUACAUAUUA